AUGUCUACCCACACGAAUAUUCACUCCCGCGAUGCUAUCCCUGCAGAAGCGAUGCUAGCCCCAACGACUCAAGCCCUUGAUGAGAAGGCUACCAAGGACACCAGCUCGGACACGGAUCAUACGAGUCCUGAUGACUGGGAGUACCCCGAUGGUGGUCUCCGGGCGUGGCUCGUCGUCCUUGGGUGUUUUAUGUUCUCAUGUACCUGCAUGGGAUUCGGUCUGAUCUGGGGUGCGUUACAAGACUAUUACCACACUCAUAUGUUUCCGGAUGUCAGUCUCAGUAUCCUGAGUCUGGUGGGAGGUGUCCAAAAUUGUACUAUGGGAGUUACUUCAUAUAUUGCGGGAGGGAUAGGUGAUCGAUAUGGAUACAAGAAAAUGAUCGCUCUAAGCAGCGUCCUUGCUUACACCUUUCUCCUUGCGUCGGCUUUUUCAACAAAACUUUAUCAUCUCUUCCUGUUCCAAGGUGUCCUCCUUGGAUUCUCCCAAGGUCUCGGCAUGCCACUGUACAUGGCCUUACCGUCGCAGUGGUUUUUGCGUAAGAGGGGGUUCGCGACAGGCCUCGCCGUGGCUGGUUCCGGUAUCGGCGCUGGUAUAGGUUCUAUCAUCAUUCGUGUCUUGCUCACCCGUCUUGGGUUGAGAAAGGCAAUGCUCGUCUACAGUGGCAUGCACGGCGCGGUUUGGAUUAUUGCCUUCAUCUUGCUCAAGGAACGACCCAUGACGGGGCUUCGACGGAAGAAACGCUGGUUGCCAGAGCGCGUCAACGGCCAGUUCUACAGCGUGGCUCUGAGCAUCUGCGUUGGGCUCUUUGGAUACCUUGCCCCAUUCUAUUUUAUCACGACAUACACCAAACAGUUUGUGCCUUCAAUUAACCCCGAUUCGCUUCUGGUUGUAGGUCCUUUGGUAGUCAUGAAUCUUUGUGCUGGAAUAGGACGCAUAUCUGCUGGGAGCCUUGCUGACUAUCUCGGACCGAUCAACGUGUUCUUCCUCUCGUUCUUCCUCGGAGGCGUCUUCCAGAUUCUCGUUUGGACGUUUUCAAAGACGUACGCAUCGAUCAUGGUGUUCGCUGCUCUCUUUGGGCUCGUCGGCUGCUGGUUCAUCAGUCUUCUCCCUGUCGUUUGCGCAGAACUGUUUGGCGUCGAAGGGCUGUCGACGAUUACCGGCUUCAUGAUUCUGAUGAACGCUCCAGGCCAACUCGCCGGAUCAUCUAUAUCUGGGGCUAUCCUAACCAGAUCUGGUGGCCAGUGGUGGGCCGUGACAUUAUAUUCUGGGGGUAUCAUGAUUCUAGGGGCUUGUUGUAUACUCUACGCUCGCUUUUCGAAGGAAAAACGACUGUUUGCAGCUGUAUGA